UCCUCGUUGAAGAUUUCAACACGCGCAGUUAAAAAGGCACGAUCGUCCUAACGUGGCGUGUAGGACAACGAAUGGAACGUUUACGUACAUUCCACGUAUCGUCGUCAUCGUGAGUGACGCGGUUCGUUUUGUAUCGUCUUAUAUCGUUGAGGCGAUAAGCAUUAACAUUCCGUAUAACUUUCGUCAUUAUCCUUGAGGUGGAUUGUAAGGUUUUCCGUUUUAUCGGUCUCGGACACCUCUAACCUGCCUGUAUUUCUGGGUACUUCUGUGUGCUCUCACUGUAAAUAGGGAGUGUACAUAGUGUGAUAUCGUGAGUGCUUAGGUGCGUGGGAUUUUAGUUGGCAAUGAGUUCAAGCAACAAAUCCUUGGUGUCCUCUGGUGGAAGAGGCACCAAUAAAAAUAAAUCACAACAACAUGGCAAAUCAGAUCAUCAUCAAACUAAAUCAUCAGAUUCGACCAAGCAUGAGAAGGCCCAGCAAAACACAAAUCAAAUGCGCAACGCGCAAAUCAUCGAUACCAGAAUGGCGGGAGGUGAGGACCCUAUCCUUAAGGAACGGAUUAAGCAGGUUAUGGAUAUGACUCGACGUUCAGAGGAUGAAGUGAUCAUGGCUCUACAUGAUAGUGACGGAGACUUGGAUCGCGCUGUUAAUGAUCUUUUGGAAGGAGUAAAAACAGAAUGGGAGGUUAAAAAGAAGAAGCCUCGUCAGCCUAGCGGUUCCAAGCAAACUACAGAUCAAUCGGGUGGACAGGAUGACAAUGGCGAGUGGGAAGAACGACGUAAUCAACGUGGUGGCGGUCCUCCACGUAUGCGAGGCCGCGCCAAUCAUGACAAUCGUGGAUGGCGCGGGCGAGAAAACAAGGAGAACGAAAGGAACAUGGAAGACGGUAUGCGUGAUGGCUACAGCAGAAGAGGUAGAGGCGGAUCCGGAAGAUCAGGUCGUGGAUGUCGUAGCGGUGGUCGAGGUCUUGGUCCAAGAACGUUCGCAAACCGCAAUGAUCCAUCAUCUGCCUCCGCUGCUCAUGGUUUUAAUCGGCCGAUUGAAACCUGGACAGGGAGCGAGGAACAACAACAAAGUAUUCAAGAGUCAAAAAUGGAUGCUUGGAAUAAUUUGGACUCUACAGAGGACUGGGAUAACGAGGAGUAUACAGGAUCAUUGGCAGAUACUAAAGUCUUUACACCGAGCACGAAUAUUCUUGAACCUUUGCCUGUUCUGGAAGAACAGAAGCCUCAGGAAAUAGUGUCGACGCAAUCGGGUCAAGGCGUUAAUCUUUCACUGCUUCAACAGGAGGAACUACCAAAAUUAUCGGACAUGUCUACAAUGCAGCAGCAGAGCUUAAUACAACAACCUCAACAACAGCAAGCCCAACAACAGCAACAAGUAUUAAGCUUGCCGACGAUGCAGUUGUCGCAACAACCCAGUGCAAUUAGUGGUGUACUGACAGCGGCACAAACUCAAUAUCUGACGCAGCUCACUCAACAAACUAGCGAAAGCUUAAAAGCAGCUGCGCAAACAUCGUUUUCGUCAUCUAUAUCCAAUCAGCCACAAAGACAAACGAAACAGCGUCCGAGAGUACCACCACCGUCAAAAAUACCAUCUAGUGCCGUGGAAAUGCCUGGUGAUGCAGUGAAUAGUGGGAUUGGCUUUCUCGAUGUACAGUUUGGUGCGCUCGAAUUCGGAAGCGAUUCGAGCUCACUCGAUGGCUCGGCGAAUGAAAAAUAUAACUCGACAAAUAAUACAAUCACUGGUGUGGACAUGACUUCCGGUGCGAAUACUGCGAACACUGCCAAUACGAAUAAUUCGCUCGACAUCGAUACUACGCAGACUUCCACCGCGCCAUUCAAUGCCAGCUCACAGAUGUUACCGAGUACCGAUACUUUACCAGCAUCAAGCGAACAUACGAUUAGUUCCCAAAAUUUCACUCGUGGAAGUAGUAGCAAUCAAAGCUUGGAUAUAACUAAGCAAGAUUUCACGUCGCAAGUCUCACCCGGGAACGCACCAACGUAUGGCGCUACGACAACCUAUCAGCCAUCGCAAAAGUCAUCUUUCCAGCCGUCGAGUGGUACGCCAAGCACCUACAAUGCAUAUUCGACUAAUAAUCAAUCUCAGUCUAGCUUCCAAAAUGCAUCAGGCACUAACACGAAUAGUUAUUCCGCGACAGCGACAGUUUCGCAGGCGAGUUACAACUCGUCGACGUCAUUCCCACAAUCUAACGCGUCGAACUUCAGUCAACCUUCUCCUUCCGCAUCGGCGUCCGCGACUUCCGGUUAUAACCAACCUACCACUAGUAGUCAGGUUUAUCCAUCUGCAAGCGGAUAUGUACCGGCUACAACAUCGCAAUAUCCAGCACAAGCUACCAAUACGGUAUCAAACAGUAACACUGGAUAUCAAACUUAUCAGCCACAAUACCAGUCUUCUGUCACAACGUUCACAUCUCCGAUAACGCAAAAUUCCGGUUAUCAGAGCGCCGCGCAAUCCGUUUAUGCAAAUCCCUAUGGUAGUUAUGCUAGCCAACCGCAGGCGGCAUCUCACAAUCACAAAUUAAACAGCACUGCGACGAAAGAUUCACAAUACGAUAGCAGCGCAACGACAUCGAACAGUUCUCUCGCGACGACUAGUGCACCAACGUUGGGUCUCACUUCGACAUCUGUCAAUAGUUCGCAAACUAAAGUGACAAAUUCCAACGCUGUUCCAAAAAGCACAUCGAGCGGGGUAGUAACGGGUAGCAGUGGCACCAGCAACAUGACGGGAGGUGGCGCCGCCGGAAGUAUGACGCCGAUGCUCAGUCACCAAUAUAUCAUGGGUCAGGCGGGUGUACCAUAUGCAACUUUCCAACAGCCCGUGUACAGCUAUGAAGACAUACAGCUUGUACAGCAAAGAAUACCACACAUGCCAACUACUGGUUACUAUGACGCGGCUCUGGGCUAUCAGACAACCGGUCCCGCAACGAGCCUUGGUGGUGGCAGAGGCGACGCCUUGUCUGGCGUACAAGGCGUACAAGGUGUCCAGGGAGUUCAGGGAGCCUAUACCAGUAUUAGCGACGCCAGGUUCGCCAGGAACGACAGCAAUGCGUCGCCAGUUCCUUCCACUAUGUCGCAGCAGACCGCCACGCAACAUCAGCAGCCGAUGAUAAAUCCUACUCUUCCUCCGGGUUACGCAUACGCAUUUACGUAUGGUAGCGGGAUUAUGCCAGGAGGUUUUCAGUAUGGUACUCCUGCCAUUUAUCCGCAAAUAGCUACGGCCGGUAAUGCCGGGACAAAUAGUGGCGCGUAUAGCGCUAAGCCGGGUAGCUAUGGAUCUGGUUAUGGUGCCGGAGCAAGCUACGAUGCAUUGGCUUCCGCCGGUCCAUCCGGUGAAUACAAAGGGGCUGGUAGUAGUUAUACUGGCACCCAGACCGGUAAAACUGGCACCUCUACGGGGAACACCAACACUGCUGGCUCUUCCGCGACGGACAUUAGCGCUACGAUGUACGCUAAAAGUCAUGUCGCUCUUGGCAAGGUGAACUCUUACGAAAAACAGACUUUCCAUUCGGCUACGCCGCCACCGUUCGGUCUUACGGGUAGCCAAAACGCUGGUUUGCCCGGUGGUUACGGUGCACCGCACUUAUUCAUCCCCACUAUGCCACAUCAGUUGCAUCAGCCGCUCCAUCAGGAUGGCGGUAACAGCGGCAACCAAAGGUCAAACACAAGUUCGCAGAACAAAGCUCAAGCGAAGCCUGGAUACAGUCCUAGUUAUUGGACCGGUAGUAACUAAAAAAAAAAAAAAAAUAAAAAGCAAAAUACAACAAACUUUUGUUAAACGCGACGCUGAGAAAGGACGAAGUAACAUAACAUCCUACUAGUAGACUAAUAAUCGUCCUUUGUUGUGAAACCACGGUGGUGUGACAUAGAGACUUUGACAUUGUCAAUAGUUAAAAAUGACGAUAAAAAUGAUACGACAAGAGACUUUACUUUUUUCGGGAAAUAACACGAGUCAAUGCGGAACGAAGAGUGAAUACUUUUGAAAAUUGAAAGGUAUAUGCAAUUAUUGACCGGAUGCUUCCUUCAACGGUGAUGACGAACAACCGAUUCCGACUGUAUGCUACAUUCACUUGAUCUAUAUAAUUUAUCUGUUCAGUUCAGCACACUCGCAAACUUCUCCAAGAGACUGGCGUAGAGCGCGGUAUCACAAUAAAAUAAUUCCUUGCAUUUUAUGCGGUACACGUGCAAAUCCUAUAUAUGAUAAUUUGCAUAUUCCUUCUAACUGUGAAUUGCACUCGUGCCAAAUGAAAUUGUAGCGUUUACCACGCGAUGGAUUGCGAGAGACGGAUUAUCGUCUGUAUUGAUUGUGAAUUUUCUGACGCGAUCAUGUCACAGAAUUCAUGAUAAAUCGCCUGGUAUGUCGUGCGACACGGCGAAUCCAAUAUCGCGACCCUCUUGUAUGAUGCACCGGAAAAAGGAUCUAGAAGAGUAACAUCCGUCGAGUUCGCAGAUCUCCUGUUUGUACAUUACAGUGCAAUUUCGAAUGUAUUGACUGCUAAUAUAGGAUGAUAUAGUGUGUCUUUAUAUUGUUCUCUUUUCUUUUUCUCGUAUAUAAUGUAAACAUCUUGGCUUAAUAAAUAUGGAAAGCGUAUCUUUGUGAGGUAACGUAAAGCUGUUUUCCGUAAAAAGAAUGAAAAUAAAGGUGUACGCGUGAAAACGUACGCUUGUAUAAAUUUAUUAUUAUUAUUAUUAUUAUUAUUAUCGCGUGUAGCGUUUUUUAUUUUUGGUAUGGUUCACAGCGACCUUGUGAAAAAAAGAAGUACAAUCGUUGCACUCGCAUACAUUUGAUUUAAACGCGUUACGCAUCUUUGUGAUUAGGAUUGAUUUUUAUUACUCCUAGUAAUAUGCAUAUCUGUUGCGUAUUAUAUCGAAAUUAUUGCAUAUAAUCUCGAUUAAACGGAGAGCGAUAUAUGCAAUCCGCAUUAUUUCUAAGUGUAGUUAAAAAAAAAUCAAAUAUGCCACAAAUAUGUAGUAAAAAUAGUUCUGCUCUUUUAUUAUUUUUGUACCUAUCUUUACCUCUUGUCUCGCUAUAUCCGCACAUUCGACUGGACACGCAAAAUUUUUUAUUUCUCAUAUGAUCGACAACAAUUGGGAUUUACAUUUUAUUCUCUAUUAAAGUUUCCUAAAUCAUAAUUACAAGAGUCACGUUACGAAUUAGUAUAUUUUUGUAUAAAAUUAUUGCUAUACUUUUCAUUCUUUGUUCGUUAAUCUAGAUUGGCAAUCAGAUAUCUAAUUUAAUUGAUAAAAAUUACGUUUGAAAACGUAACAUGUUAUUGUUGAGAGAUUUGUUGGAAAGCAUUUUAGACAUAUCUAAAAAACGUUACGGAUCAUCAUUUGGCAUACUGGUGCAUUUCUAUAGAUAAAGCAAAAAGAAGAUAGAUAAUUUACUUUAUGGAAAGGAUCGAUUCCUAUCAGAUAAUCGAGUUUGAAUUCUUUAUUAUAUCGUAAAGUUAAAAAAAAAGAACGUUUAGUGACGUUUAUCAAAUCAAUGUCACAAAUCUUUUUUACGGUUUGCUUGAAAAAAUAGCCGCAUACUUGACGCUCGUUUAGAGAAAUGACACGUGAUAAUUUCCAUUACAAACAAUCGUACAUAUUCUUCAUUAUCUAUACGCGACGGAUACGAGCUUUAAAAAAGCUUUAAAAAUUUAUUGAGAAUUGAUUAAGAUGAAGACAAGGCUUAAACACAUUGACCGACCGAUUGUUGAGACGAAUGAGCAUAUGUAGUAACGACGUAUGUGCAGUAACAGUGAUUAACAGCUACAUUUGUAUCUUUUUCAUUGUGAGAUUGUAAAUAAAAAAAAAAAAAAAAAGAUCAAAGAAAGAAGCCAUUAUCGAUUCCGUCUGGUGUACACAUUCGUUAAUAUUGCAUUAUUCACGCUAAUUAGAGGUGUGCGAACUGUAUAGCUAUAUACAUAAUAAUCGGAAUGAAAUAAUACACGUAUAUCGACCAACAAUGGAAUACACACACGUAUUAUACACACAAACAUAUUUUGAAAAUAUACUUUACAUUUUUGCAUUGUGAAUAAAUGAAUGAUCGCAGAUAUUCCUCCGGUGAGAAAGAGAUAGAAUAGGAAAAAACGAGAGAAAACUAAGUCGAGCAAGUACGUCGAACGAACGAAAGAAGUAAACGUAUGUGAAGCGUUUUUCACAAAGGUGCUGUGAGAAUUGUUACGUCUCUUGCGUGUACAAUAAACGUGAGGAAUAAUGUUUCUUCUAGCACGAUGGACAGACGGUCGACAAAGCUUUACCGCUAAUAUAAAAGCAAGAAGUAAAUAGUUGUAAGUAAACUCUUGUUAGCGACUGCAUAUAUAUACAUAUAUAAAUAUAUAAAUACAUAAACUCGUAUAUAUAUAUAUAUAUAUACAUAAAAUUGCGGUAUGAGUAGGAUGCGUUUUUGAAAAGAUUGAAAGACCAAAUGUAGAUUAGCUUCCUUUUUUCUCGGAGAAAAGUGUAAAUCUGUAAAACUCAUAUGAACUCUCGAAAGAAAGAACGAAAAAAAAAAAAAAA